AUGGCCCCCAAGAAGCCAGAACCCAAGAAGGAUGAUGCCAAGGCCGCUGCCCCCAAAGCAGCUCCGGCCCCUGCAGCUGCACCUGCUGCUGCACCUGCCGCUGCACCUGAGUCCGAGCGCCCCAAGGAAGCAGAGUUUGAUGCUUCCAAGGUUAAGAUCGAGUUCACGCCUGAACAGAUCGAAGAGUUCAAGGAAGCCUUCCAACUGUUUGACCGCACACCCAAGGGCGAGAUGAAGAUCACAUAUGGACAGUGUGGGGAUGUCCUGCGGGCUCUGGGUCAAAAUCCUACCCAGGCAGAAGUGCUCCGUGUCCUGGGGAAGCCCAAACAAGAAGAGCUCAAUUCCAAGAUGAUGGACUUUGAAACGUUCCUGCCCAUGCUCCAGCACGUCUCCAAGAACAAGGACACCGGCACGUACGAGGACUUCGUGGAGGGGCUGCGGGUCUUCGACAAGGAGGGCAAUGGCACGGUCAUGGGCGCAGAGCUCCGCCAUGUACUGGCCACGCUGGGUGAAAGGCUGACUGAGGAUGAAGUGGAGAAGUUGAUGGCUGGCCAAGAAGACUCCAAUGGCUGCAUCAACUAUGAAGCGUUCGUGAAGCAUAUCAUGGCCAGCUGA